AUGGAGCUUUACAGCAUCAUAAUUGCGACUUCCGGGCUCAAAAGUGGCAGGAUCUUGGUGGUUCUGCGAUAUCUGAAGUUUUUGGUCUCUCCAUUUUCGUCCAAAGUGGACCAAAAACCCGCUCGGAUUCCCAAGAUGAUGGCUGUUGGAAGCUUCGAAGGCUCGAGCUUGCAUUGGCUGCCUUCGAGUCAAAGGUGGCUCGGAAACAUGUGGAAGCCAAUCAUAGGCAAGGCCAACAAAAAGCACCACACCCUCGAGAGUCAACAUCCCGUGUCCCAGAUCAAUGGGCGAGAGCGUGGAGCAUCAAACGUGGAGCGCCUGCAGGACAACCUGCAUGAUGAUGCUACAUAA